CCUUCUUCUUCCUCCUCUCUCUCUCUCUCUCUCUCUCUCUCUCUCUCUCUUAGAUGCUUCAAAUUCCGUAGACAAGAUGGGAAGCUCUUGCUUAUGGAAUGGAACUCUAUCACCAGAUGAGUUCAACACUGCCGCAACAGCUCUUGCUAAGAGGUGGAAGGAGACUGAUUCUACUCUUCCUGAGUGGAUUUGGAUACCUUGUCAAAGAAUGGGUGUUUCAUCAUCUAAUGUGGAGGGAUACUUGGCCCUCGAGAAGGUUUAUCGUCACCGUGGCAGCGAGGAGGAUAAAGCUGAUGACAAUUGUUCCGUGGAUGAGGAGCUGGUCGACGAUGAUGCCACCUUGGUCUGUGGCAACAAUGAUGAUUUGCAUGCCUACGACUUCCAUAUUGUUUACAGUUAUUCUUACAGGGUUCCUAUUUUAUAUUUUCGUGGCUAUCGAUCUGAUGGCCAUCCGUUGAGCUUGGAUGAGAUUGUGAUGGAUCUUCCUCCUCAUUCAUCCAAUACACUAAAGGAAUCUAAAUGGACAUUCCUAACUCAGGAGGAGCAUCCUUACUUGAAUAGGCCAUGGUACAUGUUACACCCCUGCGGAAUAAGUGAUUGGAUGAAGUUGCUUCUUGUGGAUGGUGUGUCGAAUGAGGGCAGUAAAACACCGCAAUAUUUACCUGCAUGGUUAUCUGUCAUUGGUCAGGCAGUUGGAUUAAGAAUUCCCCUUGAACUGCACCAAAAGCCCUAGAAUUGCAUUUUCCUUCGUAAUUUUCGUUAUUUCAACUGUAAAUCAACUGUAAGUCAUAGCUAUUGUCAGGCCAUUUUUUCAAAGGUUUCGGUCUAUCGAUUUUAUGUAUUAUUUAACAAUCGUAGCAAUUUACAUUUUAUGUACUUAUGGCCAGUGACUUUUUUGUUCAAUUUUCAUGGGUGUUUAUUUA